CCGGCAGCGCUGGGCGGCUGCAGGGUCCCGUGGGUGCCUCUGCUCACGCUGUCUCUCCUGUCCCAGCGGGAGGUGGAGAUCCUCAUGUUCCUUAGCGCCAUUGUGAUGAUGAAGAACCGACGCUCCAUCACCGUGGAGCAGCACAUCGGGAACAUCUUCAUGUUCAGCAAAGUGGCAAACGCCAUCCUCUUCUUCCGCCUCGACAUCCGCAUGGGCCUGCUCUACCUCACGCUCUGCAUAGUGUUCCUGAUGACCUGCAAGCCCCCCCUCUACAUGGGCCCUGAGUACAUCAAGUAUUUCAGCGACAAGACCAUAGAUGAGGAGCUGGAGCGGGACAAACGGGUGACCUGGAUUGUUGAGUUCUUUGCCAACUGGUCCAGCGAGUGCCAGUCCUUCGCCCCCAUCUUCGCCGACCUCUCUCUCAAGUACAACUGCUCGGGGCUGCACUUUGGGAAGGUGGAUGUCGGCCGGUACACGGAUGUCAGCACCAGGUACAAGGUCAGCACCUCGCCCCUCACCAAGCAGCUGCCCACCCUCAUCCUCUUCCAGGGCGGGACAGAGACCAUGCGCCGGCCGCAGAUCGACAAGAAGGGCCGGGCUGUCUCCUGGACCUUCUCUGAGGUGGGUGGGAUGCUGCAGCCCCCCGCCUUUGGGGCAGGAUGGGGCUCGGCAGCCAGCCGGUGCCCUGUGGGGGGCCGGGUGUCCCCGGGGGGGCCGACGCUGCCUCUGGGCCUGGCGGUGAGCGAGGCCCUGCGUGGGGCCAGGGCCCACCUCCCCGUGGACAUCAACCCCCGGCAGCCGCGCAGGAACAGCUUCGAGGUGUCCCUGGUGAAGGAGGAUGGCAGCAUUGUGGAGCUGUGGAGUGGCAUCGGGAAGGGACCCCCCCGCAAGCUGAAGUUCCCCCAGCCGGAGGCUGUGGUGGAAGCCCUGAAGAGCAGCUUGGCAUAGAGGC